AGUUCAAAAUCCUGCCAAGUGCAAAUAUCUUCAGUGUGUAACUGUCCACUUCUUACUGUAUACUUUCACUUGCAUCAGCAUAUUAUGUUCAAUAAUUUUGAUUGUAUGGCCAAUGAACAAUACCCGGCACCAUGUAAGCUUUCGUCAAAUCGGAACUGCCAAUCUCUUGACAGCGAUAUCAAUAUUUCUGCAACCUGUUAUUGCCUAUUUUUGGCAUGGUACCUUCACAUGCUGUAUCAACUCCUCCUUGGCAACAAAUGGUACAAGCACAUGCAAAACACUCUCGCUCGUUCCAACAGCCAGUUGGACAAUAUAUCCUGCAGCUGUCUAAAAGCUAUGAAUGUCAUUGCCUGGAUUACCCCAGUUGUCAUUCUGAUAGGUUGGUUCUCAUAUUUAAGAAAAGAUUAUAUCUACCUUUUGAACUCCUCUUGCAACUGGACAAUUCCAAAAGAAUAUUCUGUGAAGAACAACUCCAUGGCAUUCCUGUUCUGGUUCAAUAACAGCUUUCCAGUAGGAAUCUACAUCAUAGUUUUAAUUGCUAUCCUGAUAUUGAGUUGUAAAGUAAUUAAAAUGUACACCCAAGCAAACAGAAAUCGGGGUAUAAUUGGUUAUUGCCAGAGACGUCGAGAACAUCAGCUGAAAGCUCAUCUUGCAUUUGAUGUUGUCAUUUUUAUGAUUUGUUGGGGACCUUCUAUUAUCAUCAAUAUUACCAUGUUGUAUAACAGCUGCAACCAUACCCCAAUUUGUAUUUCUAGGAUAAUCUUCUUAUUACAGGCAAUAUUGGCACCAUCACAAGGAAUUAUCGAUUUUGCUGUCUUCUACUUCAAUGUAAACCACUGGUGCUUGUUUUUGGCAGAAGACGACCCAAAUAUCAUGACACCACUUCUACACAGCAGUUAGCAGUAAUUUUGUUUAUAUUAAAAGAUUGUUUUGAUUCAACUUGAAAGUCUAAAAACAUUUACCACAUCAAGAAUGCCAGGUAAUAAUAGAAAUUUGUUGCAUCAUCCUUGAUAAUGAAGAGAUGUGAAGUGGAAAUAACAAAAAAAAAAAAAAAAUUUUUUUUCUUGAAAAUCAUUAUAAUUGGAAGAAUGUGUUGCUAAAUUUUGUAGUUCAAAUGAUUUAACAAGACAUUUCAAUCUUCCUACUUCUCCACAAGAAAAUAUAAGAAAUAGUUGGGAGAGAGGAGUUGAGUUGGAGAGAGGACAAAUGAUGAAGCAUUGUUAUUAUAAUUAUUAUUUGUUUAAUUAUAACAGUUAUUAUUACCCUUAUGUUAAACAAAAUACUUAGCAGCAUUUUGUCUGUCAUUGUUCUACGUUCAAAUUCUGUUGAGUUAGACUUUGCCUUUCAUCUUUCCAGGGCUGAUAAAAUAAGUACCAGCUGAGCACUGUGGGGUUUUUGCAGGAGGCCACAUAAAUGACUUACCCUCUCCCCUGAAAUUACUUGCCUUAUGCCAAAAUUUGAAACUAUCGUUAUUACAAUUAUUCUUAUUUUUAUAAUAAUUAUUAUUCUCAUUAGCAGACCAAAUAAAAUUCUUAUCAGCAUUUCUUCUGGCUUUACAUUCUGAGUUCAGAUUCCAACAUGGCUGACAUUGCCUUUCGCACGUUCAAGUUUGAUAAAAUAAGUACCAAUCAAGCUCUGGUGUGUGUGUGAGUCAGUCAGUCAUUGUAAUCGAGUAGACCCUCUACCAAAAUUUCUAUAGUAGAAAGGAUUAUUAUUAUUAUUAUUACUACAGCAGUUAGAAAAUCCUUAGUGGUACUUGUUCUGGUUCUUCACUUUCAGAGUUCAAAUCCAUCCUGCUGAGGUUGACUUUCUUGUUAUCUUUCUGGGACUGAUGAAUUAAGGUACUGUUAAAUGUACUGAGGACAGAAUUAGCUUCAGCAUAGAAGAUUGUAGAAAUAAGUAUGCUAGCAAUUUACCAUGUUAAAAAAAAUAAGACCAGGAACUGCAGGUCUUGAGCAAUUGGCUUUCCAAAACUGACAUAUAUAUUAUGUAAGCAGGCCUGAGAGACUGGAUGCUAUGGGUAGUCUGUGGUUUGUGUUAUAUCACAUGUUCGGAUGGCGUGCCUUCACCAAUAAUGUACCUCUAAUCAACUACCGAACUCUCACUUCCGACGACUCGACUCAACAGAACUCGACGUCUAGACUAUCGAUGGCUCCAGCUCGCUCUACCAACACUUCUUUUUCUUUAUUAUAGGCGUAAAGCCUGAAAAAAAAGAGGGGACAUCACAAGGACAGACAAUACAAAACAUGGGGUACAUAGAACGUAUCAUAUGAAUAUAAUAAAUAAAAGAAUGAAAUGGCUUACCUGCUCCCCAAAGCAAGCAGUUCCAUUCUACUAUUCUAAUUAAUCAUAAUUUCAUCAUUCUUUUUAUACAGUCUUACAUAUCCUGUAUGUAUUCCAACAAAUCAUCGAACAAAACCACGUUCGGUAAUGUGUCAUACUGGAAAAAGUCUUGUUAGUUUUACUUCCUUACCAAACAGUGCCACCAGUUUAUAUGCUCUAUCUUCCUCUAAUAGUGCUGCUAUCUCAUUGCUGUGAAACAAGUCUAAGUCUUUGUCCAAUUUUUCUCUUGUUAAAUUUUAUACUUUCACAAUCCUGUUUUCAAUCUCUUCUUAUACAUCACCAUCAUUCUUAAAGUCUGUCCUCUCGGCUGCCUUGUUUUCCUUGUUUGCACUAUUUUUUCUCUUAUCCUCUUCCUCCACCUCUCAUAUCUCUCUUGACUCCUACUUGUUGUCGGCUCUGGUUCCAGGAUUCGAAUCACACCCUCUUUCUCUUCUGUUUUUGCCGCCUUUCUUUUUUUUUUCUUUGUUUGGACUUUUUGGCAGUGACUCUGCACUUGUCCUUUUCUUGUUUGCCACUGUUUCUCCUACCGUUUCUUCCCCCACCACUGCUUUACCAUCUCUGCCUGGUUUUUCUCCAAUUCCUCCUGUUUAUGGGGACACUGCCUGCAUGUGUCCUCUACUUCUACAAUUAUAACAUAUAGGAAGUCUUCCCUCUACCACGAUUCUCAAUUGGGUCUCAUCGGGGAGCAUCAGCUCCUCUACUAUUUUAUGCAUGUCUGGUAGGCUUAUAUGAAUCACGACUUCUAGACCAUAUCCCCAUCAGUUUAUCUCAUCAAACUUCUCCACCUUAAUCACCUCCGCUUCCUUUUCACAAUUAUAGAGGAUGGCUGCCACUAGCCAUGCCUCAUCUAUUUCUGGGGGCACUCUCCCUAUCCUGACUCUUGCAGCUCGUUUUCCGUAGUAGGUUGGCAAGAGUGCCCACUUAGCCAUUCUCAAAGGCACCAUGGAGCACCUUUUUGCUCCUUCUUCAUUCAUGAAGCGCACUUCCACUGUGCCGUAUUUCCUUCCUCUGGCGUAGACUGUGGUCACUCCUUUGACUUCCUGCAUACACUCUUCAAUGGCUACAAUCUCUGCUACUUCCACACGUUUAAUUUCAAUAAACUAUUAU